UGUAGCAUGAAGCGUGGAGAUGAUGCUGGCGAGAGAGAGAGAGAGAGAGACACUGAGGCUGAGAGAGACAGAAAGAGCAGUGCGAGAUUUUCAGUGAGCGCACGAAGUAGCAUGUUCUCUGAAUACAACCUUUGCAGAAUCCCCUGCCUGAGGAAGAAAGAGCCCAAUGGAAGGGUCUAAGUAGAGAGAAGAGAUGAGAUUACAAUCCCAGAGGAGAGCAGCAGAAUGAAGAAGCUGGUGAGGCAUCUGCUCGGAGUGUUUGUGGGUAUUUCCACUUGUGGAACCCUGCUGGUUCUCUAUGCUUCCUCCAGCGAUCUCAGAGCUGGUCCUUGGGUGUCGUUCAGUGCAGAGACCAGGAGGAGGAGAGAUACAGACAGGAGCCCGGAGCCCUCCUCACUGCCACUGCUGAAGGGAUAUAUCAAUUUCAGAGACCAUAAGGGUCUGAGGCUCCACUGUAAGGACUGCGCUCUGGUCACCAGCUCCGGGCAGCUCAUUGGGAGCGGGCAGGGAGCAGAGAUCGACGGCGCCGAGUGUGUCAUUAGGAUGAACGAUGCGCCGACGUGGGGUUACCAGGAGGACGUGGGCCGCAGGACGAGCCUACGGGUGGUCGCUCACUCCAGCAUCCAACGGCUGCUGCAGAAAGGAGGCGAGCUGCUCAAUGCCAGCUGCGACCCAGUCUUCAUCUUCUGGGGCCCGAGCAGCUGCAUGAGGAGAGAUGGCAAGGGCCGGCUUUAUAAUCACCUGCAACUCCUCCACCGCAUUCGGCCCCACCUCAAGCUGCACACCAUCACGCGGCAGAAGAUGCUACAUUUCGAUGAACUCUUCAAGAGGGAGACGGGGAAAGACAGGAAAGCCUCCAAUUCCUGGUUGAGUACUGGCUGGUUCACCAUGAUCAUCGCCCUUGAAAUCUGCGACAGAAUUGAUGUCUAUGGCAUGGUCCCACCGAACCACUGCAGGGACCCCGCUCACCGCUCCGUGCCAUACCAUUACUACGAGCCUUCAGGAAUCGAUGAGUGCACGAUGUACAUCUCGCACGAGCUGGGCCGCAAGGGGAGCCAUCACCGGUUCAUCACGGAAAAGCAUGCGUUCACCAGGUGGGCAAGGAAAUACAACAUCCACUUCCACCAACCGGAAUGGGAGCUCGCAUCCUUGACUUCCAAUCACACAGAGCGUGAGGCGGGGAGGAGGUGAGGCAGGGCUGAAGGCAAGGAGACCCAAACAUGGGCGCGCACCUGACCAAUCAGCAGGAGCUGCCAGACCCAAAGGACAGUUUCCUCAUCCUCUUUCAAAUUGGCUUCCUGCCAGAGAAAAAAGACCACAAUAACCGGCUUGUGUGGCUGGUGAAACGCUGUGGAAGGACAGUUGCAACGUUAAGAGAUGACCCUUCUGAGGAAGGGUCACAGGACCCAAAACGUUAACCCUGUUUUUUUCCCUUCACGGAUGCUGCCAGACCCGCUGAGUUUUUCCAGCAACUUUGUUUUUGUUAGGAGAUGACAUGACGGCCGCUCCUGCAGAUCUCUCAAUUCUGAAAGCUCAUGAGGCCCAAUGUAGGAGCAAAAUAAUCCUUUUUUUUAAUAUAGGGAACCCAGAAGGAACUUUGUUUGAUUUAUUGACUUUAGUUUAAUUAAUGCUGCAGCCUUUGCGACCCUCACAAGUGUUUUGUCUUUAUAUACUUCUGAUGGUUCCUUUCCAAUCACUGACCUGUAAUGUUAUUUGUAUCAGUAGGAAUUUAUUACCUCAUUGGGCUCCAACAUGUCACUUUUGAACUUUUGCUGACAUUUUAACCAAAUACCACAGGCAGCUCAGAAUUAUAGCCUCUAAUUAAUCUUCCUGACUGCCAAGGACGCCUUGCAUUGUGAGAAAUUACUGUGUGGAAGAAUAAAAGUGUGUGGGGUAAGACUCAGAUCCGACUUCUGCUGUUUUAAGGAUUAAAGGACCAUCAAUCAGCGUUUCAUACCGCUGUGUCUAGUGAUCUGUAUGUAACUGCAUCUCUUCAACCUGGUUCUGUAAUCCUUCACAGUGGUACGUAACAAACAGGCAUCUGUGUUGAAAUUUUGCAUCCCUGCCGUCCACCUUCAACGUUUCUUUGAGGGAGAGAAGUCUACACUUUACCGUUCAUGGAAUAGCACAGUGGCUCAGUGCUUAACACUGCUGCCUCACAGCACCAAGGAGCUGGGGUUGAUUCCAGCCUUGGGUAACUGUGUGGAACUUCCAUAUUCUCCCUGUCUCUGGGUGCUCCUGUGUCCUCCCACAGUACAGAAAUGUCCAGGUUAGUUUGGAUUGGCAAUGGGAAAUUGCCCUAGUGCCCAGGCACGUGCAGGCCAGCUGAAUUAGCCAUGGGAAAUGCAGGUUACAGGGAUAGAGUAAGGGGUGGUCGUGAGUGGGAUGCUUUUCUGAGGGUCUCUGUGAACUUGAUGGGCUGAAUGGCCUUCUUCCAUAUUGUAGAGAUUCGAUGUAGAAUUCUGAAAACAGCCAUCUCUAAUUUUAUGCUCCCUUGUGUCCAACAGAGGAAAUCAUUUGUCUCUAUCCACACUGUUCAAAUCCUUUAAUUAUCUUAAAAUCCUCAAAUAGAUUGCUCCUAAAGCUGCUACAUUCACACAAAUAGAAGCACAGCAUAUACAAACACCAUAAUUUAACAUUAAGCCAAGAAAUUAUUCUGGCAAAUCUGUACUGUAUCCACUCCAAGGCCAGUGUGUCUUCAGCAAAAAUGAAUGCGUAUUUCAGACUGGACCCCUAAAUACUGCAGCAUAAUUUCUACCACACAGUUUUUCAGAUAAAGGCUAAUGUACCAUUAAACAGUAAAUGCUAAUUACUUGUAAAUUUCUCUCCAGCAUGGUACAGGCCCUCAGGUAAAGCGGUGCUCAAACUAGUGAGAGUUGAGUCAAAGUAGUAGUAGUAACAAAGUUGGUGGAGGCUGUGAUCCUGCAUGCAGUGCCCACUGGGAGCCCUGGAACGGCUGCAAAGUUGGCACAACAUCUGCAGAGGGAAACCAUGAAAUAUAUGGGCCCUGGGGCUGAUGUGCAAACAAAGCAAAGGUGAGAUGAGGAGAAAUGACUCCAUGAGAUAGAUCAAUUUUUAAUGAGUAGUGGAUUGAAUUGUUACGGGGAGCAGGCAGGAAAGUGGAGUUGAGGCCAAGAUGAUAUCAGCCAUGAUCACAUCCAAUAGUGGAGCUGAUCUGAGGGGCUGAAUUGCCUCCUGCUGCUGUCACUUCUUAUGGUCCUAUGUUAGGGCCUGGAAAUCACUGCCUGGAAAUGUAGUGGGGGCCGGUGCAAUUGAGGCAUUCAGGAGCGGCAUUGGACAGUCAUAUGGAUAGAAAUGGAGAGCCGAGGUAUGGAGAAAGGGCAGGAAAUUGGCCCCAGGAAAUAGAGUGAGUGCAGGCACAAUGGGCUGAAUGGCUUCCUGCACCGUAACAAUCUUGUGGUAGCUGGGAAUAUGAUGCAGCGUGAAAAGGGAAAGGUCUGGAGAGUGGCCCAAAGGUGGACAUGGGCUGGAAGAACUUCUAAAGGUUGGUGAGCUAGAGAGAGAGGGCCCGUAAGCUGUCCUGAACUUGGAGGAAGGAGAGGUGUUAGGGAUGGAAUCCAUCCAGUUGAUCCCACGUUGCCACACCUCGGGAUGUACUGCGGUGCAGUGUAAGGUCUAAGGGGGCAGCUAAUGAAAGUGGAAUCUACAUUGCAGAAAGGGUUGGGUGACUUCACCCAGAGCGGAGUACAACAAAAUAUAUGCACAAAAAAAAUCCCACAAAUAAGCUGUGUUUUCAUUCUGAAUUGUCUUCUGAUAUUAAAAUGGUAAUAAACAACAACUGAAGCUCCUUGUUUGUUUGACAGAUCACAACUGCUUGCUGCCAUUUAUAUUCCGCAAUUAAUGGACUUCUGCAGCAAUGAAAUCACAGCUCCGUCCAUGUGUACGAACAUAGAUCAUCACAAGGCACUAAUUGUUGCAAUAAUGUAGCUCAUGUCAUCCCAUUGACUUUCAGGGCCCUACUUUAGUUCACAGUCUGCCAGUUCUGCUGAACACCAACACAGCCUCAUCAAUAAAAUAUCCUCUGUAUCAGCUGGUGAGACACACUCUGAUAAAUCAGCAGCACCUUCCGCUAUCAAUAGCUUUGCAGUCAUAAUGUGCAGCCCAAGAGAUGAACCGCGUAUGUGCGAGAUCUUCACUUGUAGGGAGCACUGAAAACAAGGCACCAUCAAGAUAAGAUAGCUACCAAUGUGUCCACUCAGGCAUUCCGGAGAAAUAAAUUUCAGCAAACAGAAAAGAAAUUAGGGUUGGUAGUAUCAAGUGCACGAGGCAAAAAGACACCAUUAAGUGCUUUCUUCAUUAUAGAAUCCGUAAAGUGUGGAAGCAAGCCAUUCAGUCCACAUCGACCCUCUGAACAGCAUUCCACCCAGGCCCAUCUCCAUGCAUUUCCCAUGGGCAGCUCACCUGCCCUGCACAGCACGGCCAACCCACCCUAACCUGCACAUCUUUGGGCUGUGGGAGGAAACCCACGCAGACACAGGGA